AUGUAUUUUUCUCUCCACAAUGUCUUAGCAGUCACAUCGCUUCUAGAAGCAGUGAAUGGCCACGGGAUUAUCACGAAGCCGUGGCCGCGGACACCUGGUGCGGCCUCUCUCGCAGCAUGCGGACCAAGUAUCACGAACAACAUCAAAGGCGAUAACACAUCGCUUGUUGAGGAUCUCCCCGAAGCAGGCGCCAAAGACCCAAAAUUUCACGCUGAUCAGUGCAACCUCUGGCUUUGCCGUGGGUUGCAGUUUGCGGAUAACAAAGAUCAUGUUCUGACUUACAAGCCUGGAGAGCAGGUUGAUAUGGAGGUUUGGCUGAGGAUUAAACAUUUCGGCUUGGCGAACGUCAGCAUUGUCGACACGAAGACCAACAAGAUCGUUUCGCCGAAUCUUGUAUACUGGGCAAAAUACGCGGAUGAGAAGAAACCGACUGUGCUUAAUGAGACCAAGUUCUCUUUUACUAUUCCGACGGAUCUCGGGGCUAAGUGCGCUGUUGCUGGGGAUUGUGUCAUUCAGUGGUGGUGGUACGGAACUGGGGCAAAGCAAACAUAUGAAUCUUGUGUGGACUUCACGGUGGCGGCACCAUCGAUGAAGAGUAAGAGGUUUUGGAGACUUUAA